AUGGCGGCAGCGGCUUCACGUCUCUGAGCCUUCCCGCCCUCCCCCCCCCCCCGCUCCGGGCAGGGGCCGGACGGGCCGCGCCGCCAUAUUGGCUGUUGUCCUGGCUGCGGCGGGCGGCGGGUCGCGCUCGCCAUGACUCGCAGGCGAAAUAAGGCGACGGUGACGGCGGCGGGGGGCUCCGGGUCUCGCCGUGAGAGGGUGGGGGGUUCCGACGUUGCUGCUGCUCCUCCUCCCCCUCCUCCGCCGCCACCGCCGCCGCCGCCACCGGAACCGCCCGCCCCGCCUGAGGUGGUGGUAGCGGCGGGCAGCAGCGGGGAGCCGGGCAGAGGCAGCGCUCAGGUGCUGCCCACCGCCAACCAGUCAGUGCAGACGUGCUGCCUGCUCUGUCACCGGGAGCGCAAGGACUGGGGAGGGCCGUCCCACAAUGGGCUGGUUUCCCCGGGUGAGAGGCUGCCACCGGACUUCGUGCCAACACUCGUGCAGAAUCUCCUGGGAGAAAUGCCGCUGUGGAUCUGCCAGAGCUGCCGGAAGAGCGUGGAGGAGGAAGAGCGGCGGGCGGUGCAGGAGCAGGCCCUGGCGGUCUCGUUAUCCCACACGUCCUGCAAGUCACAGUCUUGUGGGGGUGGCUCCCACUCCUCUUCCUCUUCCUCCUCCUCUUCUUCCUCCUCGUGCCACGGGAACUCAGGGGACUGGGACCCCAGCUCUUUCUUGUCCGCUCACAAGCUCUCAGGCCUCUGGAACUCGCAGCACACCAACGGGGCCGCGCAGGGCAGCCCCCUCGGGGCCUCUCCUGCUGCACUAGGCGACAAGCACGCCGGGCUGGCUCUGCCCGCGGAGUGCGCCAGCCAGGCGCCGGCGCUCAGGGCCUGUCCCUACAGCCACGCGGCCUCCCCCGCCUCCGGCAGCGCCGCCCCGGGCUCCCCUCUGCCUACCUCACUCGACUUCUGCAAGACGCUGCCGAAGCAGUUCAAAAGCAUGUGCCGGAGGGCCACCCCGCCAGGCGAGGCCUUCCACUCCUCAGAGCAUCAUCAGCACUCGGACCUCACUGCUCCUCCCAACAGCCCCACCGGCCUGCCCUCCCAGCCGCCGGCGCUAGUCCCCUCCUCCAAGCAGCCCCCCGCCCACCCGGGGCCCUUCGGCUCCCCGCCCCGCGUCCCGCCGGGCUCCUCCCCGCAGGCCGCGCUCUUCCCCGCGCCCAGCGCGCAGGCGGCAGCCCCGAAGCCGGCGUCCGAGUCCCCUCCCGCGGGCACGGGGUCGUGUAAGAGCCCUCACCUGCCCCCCGCCAACGUGCCGCUGCUGAAGAUGCCACCUCCGCUGUCGGGCUGCGCUCAUCCCUGCAACGGGCACUGCAGCACCUCCCUCAUCCCUCCUCCCGCCUCCCACCAGCUGCCCGGCACAAACAGGGACCCCUCUUGCAAAGGGCACAAGUUCCCAAACGGUACCAGCUGCCACCCGCCGCAGCCGUGCGAGGCAGACGAGGGGCUCGGGGAGGAUGAGGACAGCAGCUCGGAGCGCAGUUCCUGCACCUCCUCCUCCACCAACCAGAAAGAUGGGAAGUUCUGCGACUGCUGCUACUGUGAGUUCUUCGGCCACAACGCGCCCCCGGCCGCUCCCACCAGCCGCAACUACGCGGAGAUCCGGGAGAAGCUGCGCUCACGCCUCACCAAGAGGAAAGAGGAGCUGCCCCAGAAACUGGGGCACAGCAGCAGCUCGGGGGAGCCCGCUGUGGACCACCGCAAUGUGGACGAGCUGCUGGACUAUAUCAACAGCACGGAGCCCAAGCCCUUGAACAGUGCCAAGGCGGCCAAGCGGGCACGGCACAAGCAGAAGAAGAAGGAGAAGGAGAAAGCCCAGUUGGAGGCCGAAGCCCAGAAGCGGGCAGAACGUGCCCCUGUGGCCAGCCAGGCCCGGGAGGCAGCCGAGGAGAAGCUGCUGGAGUGGCCGGAGCUGGAGCUGGAGCGGGUGAACAGCUUCCUCAGCAGCCGGCUGCAGGAGAUCAAGAACACCAUCAAGGACUCCAUCCGGGCCAGCUUCAGUGUCUAUGACCUCAACCUGGAUGUCAACGAUUUCCCCAAAAAGGCAGCUGUCCUGGAGCAGAAGAACCUGCUCUCUCACCUCAAUGGCUCCUCUGACCUGCAGGACAUAGACCUGGCCCUGGCCCCGCUCAGCCUGGGCCCCGCCAAGAGCCACACGCUGCUGCGGGCCGAGCCGGGUCCCCGAUGGGGUGAGGGGCCCGGGGAGCCGCCGCCAGCCCCGGCGGCCGAGAACGGCGUGGUGAAGCGCCUCAGCGCCGUGCCCAGCCUCUCCCGCAUGAUCUGGGUGCAGUCCAAGGCCGCGGACUCUGCUGCGGAUGGCAGCGGCCUGAGCCCCGAGCCCAAGGACGGGGCGCAGCCCAAGGGGCCGGAGCCCCCGGAGCCGGGGCCCGCCGGGAGCCGGCAGCGGAAGAACAAGCGGCAGAGCGGGACGGUGAAGAAAGGGGAGGCAGCCGUGGCCGUGCCUGGCGGCCAGGCCCGGCUGGAGAGCUCUGGUGCGAAGGGGCAGGUGCUGGGGACCAAACACCCUCCCAAAACCGCUGCUCUGGAGCCGCAGCGGGGCGGUGGCUGCGCUGAGCCGGGGGAGAGCAGCAAGGGGCAGCCCUGGGGCUGCGGCAGGCCUGAGAAAGAGAGAAGCAGCGAGUGGAAGGGCCAGAGGGGAGAGGGCAAAGCAGAGCUGCCGCAGCUGGUGCAGCAGCAGCCGCCUGCCCUGGCCACAGGGCAGCCACCCGUCCCCCCUGCCCUGGGGGGUUCUCCCCAGCCCAAGGGCAAGAGCAGGAAGAGCCGGAACAAGGUGGAGAAAUCCCAUACCUCAAUCGAUGACGUGUUCCUGCCCAAGGACCUGGAUGGGGCAGAGAUGGAUGAGACUGACAGAGAAGUGGAGUAUUUCAAGAGGUUCUGCCUGGACUCGGCCAAGCAGACGCGGCAGAAGGUGGCAGUGAACUGGACCAACUUCACCCUGAAGAAAACCACUUCCAGUGCAGCCCAGUGAGGCGGGGGGUGGAUGGCUGCCCCCCGCCCCACGGCCGCUCGCCUCUCCUCACUGUGCCCCUCACCCCCCAACGGGCCCCCCGCCGCGCCUCGGUGGGGUCCCCUCCUCCGCGGGGGGCCCCGGUGCUCCCCCCAUCCCGCUCCUGCCCGCGCCCCGCCCCUCCUCCGCCCCGUCCCCGUGGGGUGACCCCGGCCGAACCGCCCCCCCUCCCGGGCUCCCGGCUCCCUGCGCCGCGGGGAGGGACCGCGCGGGACCCAAUAAAAGACUUUUUAAUUUUUUAUUUUAUGUAA